AUGUUUCACAAAUUAUAUUUGGAAGCAUUCACAGAUUUAUGUGAUGAAAGUGAGGAUAGGAUAGUUGUAACAUUAGAAACUUUAAUUGUACUAUUUGUACUGGAAUGUGUCGAGCGGCCGUCGAAUAUACAAGUGUACCUGGUUUCAUCCGGUGGCAGUCGAUCAACUGAUGCAGCCGUUGAAAUUAGCAAAAAAUCGGUUCAGUUUACAAUUUUACCGGCGGCCACAUAUGCUUCAGAAGAGGCUAGCAACUGUAGUUUUCCGGUGAUUGUCAGUGAGAAUGUGACUAUAGCGGGAUUGUGCAGUGUUUGCCGAGCAAUCGCAAAAUAUGCCGAUGAGAAACUUAAAUAUUUGCUUGGAUUUAAAGAGACCUGUCUACAUUCGCCGUCCGAAGCAUCACCAUGGACGAAAUUUUGCGAAAUCGAUAUUGUCACUUGCACCAAGUCAGUGUUGAAAUUCCACAAACAAAUCAAUUCAGAGGAUUUUACACUGCCGAUAGAGUUGGGAUACCUUGAAAGCCAUUUGCGACAGCCAGUCAAAGCACAUAAUAUGUGCAAAUUGACUUUGGACUUUGCAAAAGGGCUUAAGAUCAACAAUUCUCAGCCUAUGGACAAUCCGACAGUUUCGAAUGAUUUAAAUGGAAUAGAUUCCGAUGGGGCAAAUAAAAUAAAUCAAAAGCAGCGAAAACCGAGCAACAAGAAAAUUAUGGUCAAGAAUAUCAGUGUAGAACACACAUUCGUUGAGGGCCCUCAAAUAUCAAUCGCAGAUCUUAUUCUAUUUCCAUUUAUUUGGCUUAUGCAGGCAAUUCUAGAGAAAACGGCCACUGAAAGUCUCGAACAGAAGCUACCACUCACAUACAAAUGGAUCGACGUAGUAAAAAAUCAUCCGUUAAUCACAGAAUGCAUGACAAUUUUAAUCGAACCGACAGUACCUCAACGUCAACAAAUCAAUUACAUCGUGCAGGACAGUGACUCAUUUACACUGUACAAACGGGAAGCAAAGCGAAAGAGAUCAAAAAUGCGCGUUUUCACUAAAGAAGAUAAAAUCGAACAGUCGUUGAGUAAAAUUAAUCAGCUUGGAAUCGAAAUAUCAUCACUGUCGCACGAUCAAAAUGGAAAUUAUGAAGAUUUCGAUUGGUCAUUGCCGUAUGAUGCUCUUCCCGAAGGUGGCAAUUUGCCGGAGAAUCGGCUGCAACGGAAGAAAGAGCAACUCUUCAGUUUGGCCUGGGAGAUAAUUGCGAUAGCCAAAGAAGGUGAUCGUAUCGUUGAUUUCUGCAGUGGUCAAGGCCACUUGGCCAUCAUUCUUGCAUACAAACUACCUCAGUGUAUCAUUUAUAUGCUAGACAACAAGGAGGAAAUGAUAUUGAGAGCUCGACAACGGGUGCAACGCUUGAAUUUGACCAACAUUCGAUUUAUUCAGUGCAAUUUGGAUUAUUUCAUCGGUGACUUUGACAUUGGCACGUCAUUGCAUGCCUGUGGCAUUGCUAGUGAUAUCGUUUUGAUGCAUUGCAAACAGAGAAACGCUAGUUUCGUCUGCUGUCCAUGUUGCUACGGAAAAGUAAUUGAAAUGCCACACAUUUCAUUUCCACGCAGCAAAUUCUAUCGAAGCAACAACAUCUCGCUGGAUGAAUACUUUUGCAUAGCACACUGUGCCGAUCAAGCACACGAUACGAAACGAGAACGGGUCAACAUUGAGAAAAGCAUACAAGGGCUAUAUUGCAUGGACAUCAUCGACACAGAUCGUAAACUGUAUAUGGAAGAACAUGGCUAUGAUACUAAACUAACCAGAUUACAUCCAGAAGAUUGCACGCAAAAAAAUCGACUUUUAGUUGGCGUCAAACAGAAGAAAUGAUUUUUUUUUACUACAAAUGAUUUGUAAUUGAAUUGAUAGAUGAAAAAAAAUGAAAUAAAAUCGAUUGAAAUAUUUAAUCUUUUGCUAACAAA